ACUAAACGUCACCAACGUGCCCCGGACACCCGGAAGCGCAGCAAAAUGCAACAUGUUUUGCUGAAGUCGACGUUGUUUAUGACCAAUUGUCUGGAUACCGCAUUAUAAUUGUAUUAUCAUCGGCAGCCUUUAUUCUGUUUAGCACAUCGGAGAUGGAAACGAGCGAAAAAGACAAGGUAGGAAGAUAGCAGUCAGCUGCGUAGCUUAACAUCUUCAAUCCUGGUUUGGGUGUUUCUCUCAUCCUGGGUUCUUAUUGCCAACCUUUUCUCUUGCUCUUAAAUCUAGGACCCUGCUGCUCUAAAAGAAGAAGGGAAUGUCCUCUUCAAGACAGGAGACGUGCAGGGGGCUAUCUGCUGCUAUACCAAAGCAUUAAAGCUGACCGACAGCCGAUCAGAGGGUGCUGUCCUUUAUCGGAACCGGGCUGCCUGCUACCUGAAACUGGAGGAGUUCAACAAAGCAGAGGCUGAUGCGACCAAAGGUGGGCGAAGCUUAAGUCGUGAAAGAUAAAUGAAGGAUGUUGAAGUUUAUCUGAUCUGUAAGUGGAAAUAACCCAACCCAUCCUUAAGGAAUGCCAGCAAUACAGGUCAAUUUGAUUGACUAUCCUUUCAUCACUUAUAGAAGUAUGUUCCUACACACCACCCUUCAUACCGACACUUCAGUUUUGUUUUAUUAGGGCCACACAAAACAUUAAAAAGCGAACUUUUGGAUUUUAAUCCAUUCAUCUAACAGAAGUUUGAACCUUGGAUGUUUCCUCAUACAAGGAUCCUUUUUGACAUACUUUGGCAUGCUCUAGGCUCCAAAUCAGUGAGUUUUAAAGGCUCUCUGGAAACUGUUUGUGGCAGAUUUCAGUGUUAUUGGUUUACAGCACCAUUAAGAGAGUAAAGCACACUCUGGACUGUUUGAUCACCAAGCGCUGCAUUAUUAUGUCCUUGGACCACCACUGUAAACAGUUGGUGAAGAGUUGCUUUUAUCAUCUGAGGAACAUUGGUAAAUUGAGGUCCAUGAUUUCAAGACCUGAGAUGGAGAUGAUAAUUCAUGCCUAUGUUUCAUUUCGCAUUGACUACUGUAAUGCUCUUUUCAUGUGUUUUAAUAAAAAGGAAGAAAAGGGACCAUAUCACCCCAAUUUUCUAUUCCCUCCACUGGUUACCAGUUUAUUUUAGGAUUUAUUUUAAGAUUUUAGUUUUUGCUUUUAGAGCCCUCCAUGAACAAGCUCCUUUGUACAUCACUAAGCUACUGAGACCCUAUUCCCCCUCACGUUCAUUCAGGUCAUCAGACCACAAACUCUUGAUGGUCCCUCACACCCAUUUUAAAACACGAGGUGACUGCUCUUUCCAGACCAGUGCCCCUCGCCUCUGGAAUGCACUACGGUUGACCUAAAGCAGCAUAGAGUCUACUGAAAGUUUUAAGAAUGACCUUAAACCCUUUUUAGACAGGCUUUUAACUGAUGUCAACAUUGUGAGGCUUCUGUGAAGUGCUUGUAUCUCUGCCAUUAUAUGUACUGUGCAUUUUAUCCUUGUUGUAGAGCACUUUGUGAUUUUAUCUAUGAAAAGUGCUAUGUAAAUGAAAUUUACUUACUUACUCUUUGUCUGGAUUCAAAUUUGUGGGUGUGGCGUGUUCAUAUUCAUACUUAAAUAUGGUUGGUUGGAUGUUGUUUUCAGCCCUUGACACUGACCAAGGUGAUGUGAAGGCCAGGUUCAGGAGAGCCCAGGCUUUCCAGAAUCUUGGUCGGCUCGACCAGGCCUUUAUGGAUGCCCAGAGGUGCGCCCAGCUGGAGCCUAAAAACAAAGCCUUUCAAGAUCUGUUGAGACAGCUGGGAGCACAGAUCCAGCAGAAGGUGAUAUAUUCCACUUUUCUUCUGAUGUGGUCUUAGGAGCUUUGUCUUGUAUCCAAAAUAUUAACUGGAAGAAUAUUUUUCUGACACAGAUGUUUUCUCUUGACCCUUUAGUCGGCUCAACUCAACUCAACAGACGCACGUGUGCAGCAAAUGUUCAACCUCCUUUUAGAUACGUCUGCAAGCGACUCAGAUCGACAAAAGGUAAGUAAAAGCAACAAUUUAGAAAUAACCAACAAAUAACUGUGUUGUGCUACUGUUAUUUACUUUAUGUUUUAUUAUGUUUCUGUAUAUAUUGUAACCUGGUCCAUUGUUUGAUUUCAGGCUGCCCAGAAUCUGGUGGUUUUGUCUCGAGAAGACGCAGGAGCUGAGCAGAUCUUCCGUAAUGAUGGAGUGAAACUGCUGCAAAAACUCCUUCAUUCAAAGCAGGAGGAUGUUGUCCUUUCAGCCCUGAGGACUCUUGUUGGGUUGUGUACAGGACAUCAAUCCAGAGUAAGUGGGACAGUUUGUUGCCUCAUCAUGAAGGUCACUGCUUAUUGUGUUUAUUUUCUCUAAGACUAGGAGUGUGCAUACAGUGAUGGCCCUUUGGUAUUUCAUUCAUUUAAAUUCUAUUGCUUUGUUACUGUUGGUCAGAGUUUAUAUAUACUAUACUUCCUUACAUCAGCACUCAUGUUGGUCAAGAACUGUACUCAACACUGUGCAAGCCAGUUGAUUUGCUGCUUUCUACUGCUGACAUCUACUGUGUUGUUUCUAGACUAUGGCUAUAGUAAAUGAGUUGGGAAUGGAGCAGCUGUGUGCAGUAAUGGGAUCGGGAGCCUCUGCUGUGUCUCUGGCUGCCUGCCACCUGCUGCAGGUUAUGUUUGAGGCUUUGACAGAGGGCAUGAAAAAAGAGAUUAGAGGGAAAGAUGAAGCCAUUCUUCCUGGUGAGUUAGACUCUUUUUUUUAAGUUGGCUACUGAUGAAAGUUGACUUAUCACAAAGGCUUUUUUGUAUCCAUCUGCCCUGUAUUUAUGUUUAACAUUACUUGUUACUGGAUAAAUCUGAUGCAGAACCGUCGAAAGAGCUGCGCUCAAUGUUACGCCACCUCUUGGAAAUGAUGCCAGCAUCCAGUGUGUCAGGGCCGGGCAGAGACAGUGCUAUUAACCUCCUGGUCAAACAAGUUCCCCGCAAGUCCCUGAAGAAUCCUGAUAACUCCCUCACAUUAUGGGUGAUAGAUCAUGGUAUAUAUCACACCCACACACACCUCUCAUACUAUGAUUAACACAAAACAAAUCUAAUCCUACUGCCAAGCUUUACUAUUUGAGAAUGGCCUUGGUUAUUGCAAUGAAAUUCAGACACUGUCACUAGUUUUAUCUGGUGUUAAUGAGUGCUUUGUUCUCCUUUAGGACUGAAAAAAAUCUUGGAGGUGGCUGGAACAGUUCCUGAGCUCUCAGAGGGACCUCCUCUCACAGACAACUCCCACAUGAGCUGCUCUGUCUUGCUUAAUAAACUAUACGAUGACCUGAAGAGCGACAAAGAGAGGGAGAACUUUAAUAAGCUGUGUGAAGAAUAUGUGCAGUGAGUAGAUAACAGAAAUUUGUGCUAUUAUUUUUGAAACUUUGCUGCUCAUAAACCUGCCACAUAAACCUUUUUAUUUGUCUUGGAAGGCAACACUUUAGUCGUCCUGGUCUGGAAGGCAAGCUGCGGGCCAUCCAGACAGUGUCAGUGCUCCUCCAAGGACCAAGUGAGGUGGGCAACAAAACUCUUGAGAUGUCGGGAAUGAUGGAUGCAGUGAUUUCUCUGUGUGCCUCAGAAGAUGUUACACACCAGCAGGUAGCUGUGGAGGCUCUUAUCCACGCUGCAGGCAAGGCCAAGAGAGCCUCCUUCAUCACAGCCAAUGGCGUGGCACUUCUGAAGGACCUCUACAAAAAGAGCGAGAAUGACAGGAUCCGUGUGAGAGCCCUGGUGGUAAGUACCGAGUCAAAACAAGUAUACUUGUUUUUAUUUUUGACAGCUGCAGAAAACAGCAUCAUAAAUAGAGCUGAAAUAAACUGGAUUUCUGGUCUUCUUUGACAGGGUUUGUGCAAGCUUGGAUCAGCAGGAGGGACUGAUUUCAGCAUGAAGCAGUUUGCAGAGGGAUCCACGCUUAAGCUGACCAAGCAGUGUAGGAAGUAUGUUUGAGUGUUCAACCUGGUUUGGGAUUUAGAGAAAUGUGUCACACCUAAAUCAAGUAGAUAUAUUGUUAUUUUUUUAAGAAGGAUUGCUAUUUCUUUUCAAUUCUUUUAGGUGGCUGUGCAACAAGUCACUUCCUGCAACCUCCCGCCGGUGGUCUGUAGAAGGUCUGGCCUACCUCACAUUCGAUGCUGAUGUGAAGGAGGACUUGGUUGAGGAUAAGAACGCUCUCCUGGCCAUGUUUGAACUAGCAAAGGUUUGACUGAUUAUUGUGUUUCAGGUUCAUGAUAAAUGUAAGAAAUGGGUAAUACAGCUCCAUAAUGUAAGACUCCUCUAAGAAGAGUCUUUGCAGUCAUAAGAACACACAGUAAACAGACGUUUUUAUUGUGCUGUCUGGGCUUUCUUUCUCAAGCUUGUUUUUCUCUUUGUGCCCCUCCAGUCUGAAGAUAAGACUGUGCUCUUUGCUGUGGGCUCCACAUUAGUGAAUUGUUCCAACAGCUAUGAUGCAGAGAAGCCUGACCCUCAAAUGGUGGAGCUAGCCAAGUAUGCAAAGCAGCAUGUGCCUGAGGAGCACCCAAAGGUACCAUUCAAAUGAUCCUCUUGUGUUACUGAAUCAACAUCACGUAGUCUUCCUUUAUUGUUUAACAUUAGCCGUAUUCCUCCAACUUUAUGAACUUUGAGAGUUAUUUCUUGUUUUUUUUCAUCUAGUCUUGUCUUUAAAGAUAUGCUGUUAAAAACCUGUCUCUCUUUAUUUGUCAGGAUGCUCCUUCCUUUGUGGAGAAAAGACUAGCAAAGCUACUUGAAGCAGGUGUGGUGUCUGCUUUGGUGUGUAUGGUCAAGCAUGAGAGUCCUGCAAUGACUGAGGCCUGCAGGGAGUGUAUAGGCAGGUAGGAAAACUGCAUUUUUCUUCCCUACAUCCCUGUUUUCACACUGUACAUUUUCUAUUAAUACUUUUUCUCAUGGUAGAGUCUUCUUGGCUUUGGUUGAGCGACAGGAGGACAGAGGUACAGUGGUGGCACAGGGAGGAGGAAAGGUAAGGUGGCCUAAAUGGAUACAAGGUGUUUGUCCUGCUGAACCAAGCUUAACAUCUUAUUCCAAGAGGUUCACACAGUUUAUGUUAACUUUGUCUCCAACAGGCUUUGAUUCCUCUUGCAGCUGACAACACAGAUGUCGGUAAAAUCAAAGCAGCACAAGCUCUGGCAAAAAUAACUAUCACAUCUAACCCAGAGAUUGCCUUCCCAGGAGAAAGGGUGAGAAUUUUGUGCUGUGAAAAGUCUCUGUAGUGACAAACAAAGCUGUAGAACUUUUUCUUUCUUUAACAUCAUCACACUUUUUUGUUGUCAGAUCUAUGAAGUGGUGCGCCCCCUCGUCAGUCUUUUGAGUCUUGAAUGCACCCUGCUGCAGAACUUUGAGGCACUUAUGGCUCUCACCAACCUGGCUGGGAUUAGUGAAAGACUGAGGUUAGCCACUAGGGGGAAGUGUCUCCCAAGAAUACAAGAAUAUAAUGCAUGGGAUGUGUAAUUCAAUCAGUUUUAACCCUCACAUACUGUUCAAAUCCUGUACCCUCACAGUAUGUUCCAGGUCAAAAUUGCCCCUUCAAAGAGUUCAAAGAGCAGCUUUCUGUCACAGAAAGAUCUCUUGACUAGUUAGGUCAUUUUGACCUCUGUCUAGGUGUGUCUGUGUGACUGUAUGUCUGUGUGCGUGCAUGUGUGUGUGUGUGUGUGUGUGUGUUUCUGUCAAGGUAAUGAUAGUUUCAUAAUUAUUUGAAUAUAUCUUUUUGAACAACAAAUCUUAUAUUGAACACGGUUGUUACUGUUUGUCACUUGUCCCACACUGCUAGAUCUAAAAUCCAUCUAAAUAUAGAUACGGGUCAAAUUUGACCCGUAACAGCCUUAGAGGGGAAAAAUGUGUAGCAAUACAAACAAAAACAAAAUACACAUAAAUAUUUUUAAAGUAAUUUCAUGUAUUUUGGGCAACUUCAGGAAAAGUCAUCAAGUUUCAGGCUUAAAAAAUGAUGUUUAGGGUAUUUUUACUGCUGUUAAAAGUCAAAACGGGUCAAAUUUGACCCAAACAGUAUGUGAGGGUUAAGGACACGCUUUGCAAGUGUCUUAAUGUGCUGGCAAGAAAGUAAACCCCAGUGUGACCCUUCCUUCUUUGUUUUGUAAAGUUGUCUAGUUUAUUAUUGUGGGCCUCUGCCUAUGUUGACAUAGUUUGUCUUUUUUCACAGACAAAAGAUCAUAAAGGAGAAGGCAGUCCCUAAAAUUGAAGGUUACAUGUUUGAGGAGCAUGAGCUGGUCCGAGCUUCUGCCACAGAAUGCAUGUGCAAUCUGGUUUUAAGUACGGAGGUAAGGGUCUCUGUCUAUUGUUCAGCAAAGGUUGGUUUGGAAGUUGAGGUUAAAGCAGGGAGUUUUUUUGGUAUGUGUUCUCAGGUGCAGAAGCUGUAUCUGGCCACUGGUAAUGAUCGCCUGAAGCUGCUUGUGCUGUACAGUGGAGAGGAGGAUGAGAGGCUGAGAAAGGCUGCUGCUGGAACCUUGGCCAUGCUGACAGCUGAGCAGCCUGAGCUUUGUGCACGAAUCCCUGGAACAGUAAGCCUUAAUCACAUCCACCAACACCACACUGUCACACAUUAUGAAGAUUAACUGUUCUUUUUUAUUACCCCUCUUUGUCUUUUCUUUUCAGACAACUCACUGGCUAGAGAUUGUACAAGCACUGCUGCUCAGUGAAAUAUCUCAUCUACGUCACCGUGGAGUAGUCAUCGUUCACAACAUGAUGCAGGCAGAGAAAAGUCUGGCUGAGACGCUCAUGGAAAGUGAAGUUCUGGAGAUUCUUUCUGUCCUGGCAAAGGGAGGAGAGGGCAUGCCAGAGCCAGUAUGUAAGAUUGCUCAGAACUGCCUGGACAAGGCUUUGGAGUACAACAUUAUAAUGAGCAGGGACGGGAAGGAGAAAAGCAAGGAACCCAAACCAUGAAAAUACUGCUGCAGUGUGUGAAUGUGCCUUAAGGCAAGGUCAGAGUAGUUGAGUUUUGUAUGGGACCAAGGAAGUCGUUAAAGUACCGAGUUAAAACAAGAAACUGUCAAAGCAAUACAAGAAAAUGAGAAGUAUUUUAUGAAAGAAGCUGACAUUUCAAGUGUAACAUGAAUGUGCUUUAAUUGCUUUCAACUGAUUGUAUUCAACUUGAUUUCAGCAGUGUGUUUCACUUCUGUGAUGAACAAAGGCACUCUAUACAUUCUUCACUCAAGAUUGAUACAUUUUUGAAAAAAAAAUCAUAUAACAGUCAUUCCCACAAUAUGUUAUAUUCUAUGUUAUCCAGAACCAUGUUUCUUUAUAUUUGUUUUUAUUAUAAAAUGCCCACAAGUCACAUAUUAAAAAGAGAGCAUGGUUGUUCUCUUGAUAACUGUCUUUUCAUGUUGAUUAUCAGUUGUUAUUGUCACUCCACUACAUUUCCAGUGUGUUUCUUACAUGGCUUUUACUUUUUUUAAUGAAAUGAAGUCAUAUUUAGGAAGAAAUAAAAAAAAAAUGUACUAAAAUUCA